GGGGUAUUAAACGAAUAUGAGAGAGCUGAUAUGAAAUAACUAGGGCAGUUCUCUAUUGUCUUUGUGUGAGCAAACAACAUUUUCGAUACUCGUGCCCCGUAGGUCGACAAGGUUACACUGUAGAUAAAUCGACUGCACAUAAAAUCUCAUUGCCUACAAUCAACGUAUGACGUGCAAAAAGUCCCUGCAGAAGACAGACAAUGAAAAAGAAACUGACAGCAGAAAUUUUGGAAUUUUAGCAGCAUUUCACAAGACCCAAGAACAGUACUACAGUUGAGUACAGUUUAUAGGAAACUAUAUACAUCGACACGACUAUGGAAGACCGGCAAGAUGGCAGACCUGGUACGGGGCAGGCGAGAGAAGCGACUGGGGCCAGAUCUGGCGAGAUCGAUACGUCGACUUAUGGUGCGUUCGCCCAUGGCGGGUUUUUGUUUCAGCUGCAUACCUACGUCGCAGCAAUACCGGGGUGUUGUUGGGGAGCAGUGGCUUGUGGAGCUGUAAUUUGCUUCGUCUAUUGGCGACGUCGAGAUAUAUGGCUAAAACAAAAGCUUCAACGCUUGGUGAUAAUUGCUGUUAACUCCGCUGUGCUCCUACCGGAUUUGUCGAGAGCACGGCACGACUUCACUACUCCAGUCAACAGGAGACCAUGUGAGGAUGAUCUGUUGGCUAUUCCUCAUCCCGAAGAAAACAUACAGAGAACAUUCGUCGGUGUCUUGAGUUCUGAGACAGCUGACAAACUCAAGGCUAUGUUCAGAAAGAACUUCUGUCCAGAGAUCGUCCAUCUUAAGGAGGGUCACAAGUUACCAUCUGAGUGUCGGCUUGUGAUCUGUUGUCUACCACAGAACAUCAGACAAAUGUAUUUAGAUGAUGGCACGGUCUUUGCAACGCUAAUAACAGACGCGGGAUUAAGUCAAGCAAUGGUGUUGAUAAUCAUAUUUGGAGAAUGGGAGACACCCUUGGAAAACCCAGAACGAUGA